UUUCAACUAAUAUCUUUAAGCAUAUGUAUUUCUUUUGAAAUGCGUAUUCAUUAAAAGAGAAUAGAUUCUUUGCGGUUGAAUGCGUAUAUAGAUGAUUUCAAGUACAGUCGGUUGAUAUGGCACUGCAUCAAGUUACCAACUCCGAAGUGAGGCACUGGACGAAAGGAUGUCUGGCAAUUCGCCUUUUAAAAGAUGGAUUAACAUCAUAUGUGAAAUCUGAAAUUGAACACCAAUAUGCUGUUGUGGUCAAGACAAUCAAAACAAGAAGCAAAAUAUCAGCGUUUUCUUGUUCGAGUUGCAAUAUCCAAAACCUUUUGCCAUACCAUGCUUGCUCAGAAAGAGAAACUCAGUCGUGUUUUCAAAAACCUUCAAAUAUGUGCAAUUGCGCUAAGAAACAUGGCAAGCGCAAAUGCCCACAAGGAGGUGCGUGCAGCCUUAUGUAUGAUUAUACUAUUAAGGAGCACUUUCAUUCAUCACCAACAUUUCAAAACUCCGACUUGAGGAAGUGGUCCACCAAUAAUUGGGAGUAUGCAAAGUGCUUCAUAUCUGGAUCUGGUAAAUUUGGAGUCACAGAUGUGUUCGAUACUGACUCUGCAGGGUUGCUUAGCAUUUGCUUGAACAACCAUUCAAUACGCUCACAGUUUGAAGUUAGUAUUCUAGAACAGGCUAUACAAGUAAGAAAUGACAUAUUCCAUUCGGGCUCACAUCAGCUGCAAAAUGACGUUGUACAGGGAUACAUAGACAUGUUUUUGGCAGUACUGAGACAGCCACCACUACUAUGUAACCAUGAAGCAAAAGACGCUGUUAUGAAGCUUGCUUCGGUACCCAUUUUACAAAUAAAUAAUUUAACCUCAUACUGUAUUAUACAAUGA